UCAAACAUGGAGGAGCGGGAGCGGGGGGCGAGGUCGGCUCGCGCCGGGAGCCCCGCGCGCCCGCCCAGCCCGCGGCUGGAUGUCAGCUCUGACAGCUUCGACCCGCUGCUGGCCCUGUACGCGCCCCGCCUGCCGCCCAUACCCUACCCAAACGCGCCCUGCUUCAACAACCUGGCCGAGUACGAGAGCUUCCUCAGGACCGGGGUCCGGGGCGGCGGGCGCGGGCGGGCGCGGGGCGCGGCCGCGGGCUCAGGGGUGCCCGCCGCCUCUGCCGGGCCCUCGGCUAGAACCCGUCGCCGCCUGGACGCCCCGGCCCCAGACCCCGAGCGCAUCCAGCGCCUCCGUCGCCUCAUGGUGGCCAAGGAGGAAGGGGACGGGGCCGCCGGGGCACGCCGGCGGGGUCCGGGUCGGAGCAGGAAGGCGCCGCGCAACGUGCUCACGCGAAUGCCCUUGCACGAAGGCAGCCCUCUGGGUGAGCUCCAUCGUUGUAUCCGGGAGGGGGUGAAGGUGAACGUUCACAUUCGCACUUUCAAGGGUCUUCGUGGCGUCUGUACAGGCUUCCUCGUCGCAUUUGACAAGUUCUGGAAUAUGGCACUUACCGAUGUGGAUGAGACCUACCGAAAACCUGUUCUAGGCAAAGCAUAUGAACGGGAUUCUUCAUUGACUCUUACUAGGCUAUUUGAUCGCCUAAAACUUCAAGAUUCCUCCAAAAAGGACGCAGAUUCCAAGUCUGCAGUUGAAGAUUCCACUCUGUCCAGAUACUCCCAGACAUCCACUUGGAAGGUAGCUUCGGUGUGGGGAAGAGGAGACACUGACCGGGGCUCACGCAGGCGUUCCCGCUCCGUCCCUUCUUCCCUGCAGGCGUCUGCAAGGGAGGAGUCCAGGUCAGAGAUGUCAGGGAGGACUACACGGACAGAAGGGUCAAGUGCAGGAGGUACCUUUUCCAGGGCUACCACCCUUUCCAGGGGUCAGCCCCGUAAGAAAAAGCGAAAGCCCAAAGUGGAUUACCAGCAGGUAUUCACUCGACACAUAAAUCAGAUUUUCAUUCGAGGCGAGAAUGUCCUGCUGGUUCAUCUUGCACAGUGACCAGCUUGGCAUCUCUUGAGCUUUGGUUCUUAGAAAUAAAAUGCAUGAACCGCUGCUAUGCUGUAUCCUAGUAUCCCAGUGAAACUCUGAGUUGGAAUGAUUCCCUCUGGUCCUGCAUGUGCAGAGCAUAGAGCCAGGCUUGGGCCCUCUGGAAGAUGAGCUCCCUCAAGCGGACACAGGCCUUAGGAAGGUGGGGGUUUGCGUUAAUAUCAAGGCAAAAGCUGUACAGAGGAAAUAUGCAUCCAGUUUGGUGUCAUGGUUGACUUUAGACACUCAAACGAAAUACCAGAUCUUCCAUUUGAAUUAGGAGUCAUGGUAUGAAUUAAAUUCAUCCCACAGACACUAUAAGGAUGGGAAUAAAAAAACACCUCAAAAAAUGCUCUCAUUUCUAAAAGCUAGUGCCCUGAGUACUCAUGAAUUUGAUUCUAAGAGUAGUAACAUAAAUUGCCCUGUAGCCCUGCACCCACAACUUGUAACUGACCUUUGAAUUUUGCUCUACACCAUUCUCUCUCUUUAUCAAGAAAUGUAAUUUAUUACCUUUGAAUAUCUGCAAAACUAAGAAAGAAAGCCACUAACUUAUGUAAACUUUGGAUAGUUGGUAUGCUUAGAGCAGCCAACAAUGAAUACUCUGUUGUUAUCCCUCUCCUUAGUAUGUAAAGGGAUAUGGGAAUUCAUCAGUCUUCCCCACUUACCAGAGGUAGCUUCUGAGAAUGGCAUGCCACAUGGGACUAUAAGAUGCUCAUGAGGUGGCUUCUUGGCCUUUUCUCUCACUUGUGUGGCAUGGUGUAGUGCAUGUACCCACUGUAUUGCCCUUCUGUAUGUAGUGUGAACUGUCCUGUGAGCUUUAUGGCAGGAGAUUGUGACCUACAUAUCUGGCUUCAAAGAGUUCUGCAUGGACUCAGUAAUAUAUAUGCAUCACAUGGUUGGGAGCUUCCUUUCUGGGGAGGGCUGGCCCGUGUAGACUAACUUUCAGAAUGGUUUUUCCACAAAGUAGGAGUGAUAGUUUUAUUUCCUCAAGUCACGCCAACGAGGUUCUCACAAAGUACAGUGGGUGGCAUCUAUAAGGAACACUUUACUUACUGCCUGGCUUGAGUAAUGGGAACACUGUAGUACUCUCUAAUACUUCUACUUGAAUCAUAUUAUAUGCUUUUUCAAUCACCAGUACAGAAUAGGCUACAUCUUGACGCAGACUGUUAGGCAAUAUUGAUUUUUUGUUUUGUUAGUUUAUAUUUGGUUUUAUUUUAUAUAACUUACAUUCAAAGUGAGAAUAAGAAGUAGCUAACUAGUUAAAAUGCUUGAAAAAAAAUUCCCUGCUGCAUUUUUUGUGUAACUUAGAUAAGCCUUCUGAGAAGCAGGUGAAUAAUGUUUAGGGAGUUAGGGCACCUGGUCCUUCUGCUAGCUGGGCCACUGGGCCAAUGAAAGGAGAGCAGACUUAACCCCUCUGUGCCUCAGUUUUUCCCAUCAGACACCUACCUCACCGGGGCACUGAGACAGAGAAUUUUAGGAAGGCAUUUUAAAGUCUCUAAACAUGUUUAAGUGCCAUGAGUAAUUUUUACUAACUAUAUUUCAUAGCUCGAUAAGAGUUCUAUGUCUUAUGAGCAAGGUAGGUGCUACAUAAGAAAGUCAUCUCUGUGGCUGUUGUAAUUUUGAACUUGUCAUCAGAAGGCAGUGAUAUCUUCAGGAACUAUUUUCCAUAUUCCAUUCCUUUCUCCUAAAGGACAAUGGAAGUUCUCAGAAGAAUAUCCUCAGUAAAAGAAGAGUAACGUUUCUUUGCUGCUUCCCCCACAAAUGCCAGCCCCAAUCCUUUUCUGAUCAUCAGAAAAAAUUCCCCUGAACUUUUCAAGAGGUUUGUUUAUGUGAUAGUACUAAAGGGAGAUGCACAUCUAAAAAUGACACAUCCCCAAAGGGGAAUCUGUGGAAGAUGCUUCGUUUCGUUUACUUGUUUUUAUUUUAAGAUGCAUUUUAAAUAUACUCUUUAGAGCCAGAUCAGAUGCAAUAAGCAUUUAGAGAGGUUCCAUGUUACAAAGUCAAGCAAUUGUCUUUGGAAUCUGCUAAUCUAAAUUAUCUUCUAAAUAGUAUGUCUAAUAAAAUCUCACUUCCCCAAUUAAUAGUUAUCUUGUUUAAUCAUCAGGCACCCCUGCCUCUGCAUCUUUACCAGUCUCUCCUGUUAGAUGUCCUCAUCUGUCUACCCUUCUGUCCUCAGCUAGAAGCUGCAAUAGAUACCAGGUUUUCCCAGUAAAGUAAAAGUUUGGUAUCAAAAGGAAUAUAUCACUUUGCAUUCAUUCUAGUGCCUGACUAAAUCUAACGUGAUUUGUUUUAAACACAUGCUGAGUUUUCAUGUUUGUAUAUAAUUUUCAUAUAUCCAGAUAAGGAUUGGUUUACUGCUUUUCUGUCCAAUAUAAUAAUUCUGGCUCUGAAAAUAAUUUUAAAUCCAUGUGAUCAGUCUAAUGUGCCCAUUGGCCCCCAUUUAUCGGUUCAGUUUUGGACAGUGAUUCACAUUUAGUAAAUGUGCUGUAUUGUAUAAAGCAUGCCAGUGUUUUAUAGGGAAGUCAUUUUUUUUUUUAAUUACUGCCUUUUCUUUAUUAUUGUAGAAAUAUUUCAAAAGGAAAAAAAAAAUUGGUCCUAAGAAUGUAUGUGCUGCUCAAAAUAUGUCAUCAUCUAGGACAUUAUAAUAAGUUGCUAUGAAAAUAACUGAAGUCUUCCUCAGGAGAAAGAAAGAAAAAGAGAAAGUAACAGCCAGAAUGGUAGAGUUCUGGAGGCCCCCACGAGCUUACCUGAGGGGUCCCUAUGUUGCAGAAAUGCAGCAAAAUCUGGUUUCUAGUAUUCUCCAGGGAUUUGGGCUUAGGACAGUUGGUAGGAAUAGUACUUAUUUUUGAACAUCCAAUUUAGGUUCUUCAAAGUAAUCUCUAGACAUGGGAAUCCGUUCCGAAGAUAGUUCAUGGGACACACCUCUUCUCCAGAGCACCAGAUUUGUUAGAUAACAAGGCAUCAAGCAAUGGAACAUGGGUUUCACACCCAGAACGAUUUCAUGUGCUGUUCUUCAUACAUAGAGGUGAUUCUGUGGUUCUGCAACCAGGAGAACGUGCGUUUUAGGUUGUUGGUGCUAGUACUUGGGAAGCGUUUAUGCUUCAU